GGCGCGGGCCGUGGUCGGCCGCUACAAGAAGACUUCUAGCAGCUGCAUCGGAGGGGGAGCGCUGUCUGUGGCCCAGGGGUGUGAGAAGCGCAACCUUCCCUUCUCCUAGCGCCCUUUCUGGGGAAUGGGUUUUCGGUACUGAGCCCCUCCAUUCUUCCUUUAUCCCUCCCUCCUACCCGGACUUUCGCCGGGACUGUUUGCACUAUUCACGUCAUCUUCCCCCACUCACCUCGGGAACAACGCUACUCAAGGUGAAGAAUAGUCUGCUAGAAUCAGCACUUUGAACAAAAUUUGCUUUCCUCUGGUAUUUUGAACAUUUCCCCCCCGGUCUUUGUGGUUUGAAAACGGAGACUUUGCAAUUCUGUGCCGUAGCAGCUAUGCAGCUUGAAAUACAAGUAGCACUCAAUUUCAUUAUUUCAUAUUUGUACAAUAAGCUUCCCAGACGACGUGUGAACAUUUUUGGAGAAGAACUUGAAAGACUCCUUAAGAAGAAGUAUGAAGGGCAUUGGUAUCCAGAAAAGCCAUACAAAGGAUCAGGGUUUAGAUGUAUACAUGUAGGAGAGAAAGUGGACCCAGUUAUUGAACAAGCAUCCAAAGAGAGUGGUUUGGACAUUGAUGAUGUGCGUGGCAAUCUGCCUCAGGAUCUUAGUGUCUGGAUUGACCCAUUUGAGGUUUCAUACCAAAUUGGUGAAAAGGGACCAGUGAAAGUGCUUUAUGUGGAUGACUCCAAUGAAAAUGGAUGUGAAUUGGAUAAGGAAAUCAAGAAUAGCUUUAAUCCAGAGGCCCAGGUGUUCAUGCCAAUAAGUGAUCCAGUAUCUUCUGUCUCAAGUUCUCCUUCACCUCCCUUUGGUCACUCUGCAACUGUGAGCCCAACCUUCAUGCCCCGGUCCACUCAGCCGUUAACGUUCACCACUGCCACAUUUGCUGCCACCAAGUUUGGCUCAACCAAAAUGAAGAACAGCAGCCGUACCAAUAAAGUUGCCCGCACUUCUCCCACUAACCUGGGCUUGAAUGUCAAUGAUCUGCUGAAACAGAAGGCCCUUUCCUCUUCCAUGCACUCUCUCUACGGUCUUGGCCUAGGUAGCCAGCAAAUUCCUCAACAGCAGCAACCACCACAACAGCAGCAGAAGACGUCUGCCCUUUCUCCUAACGCAAAAGAGUUCAUCUUCCCUAAUGUACAGGGCCAAGGCAGUACAAGCAGUUUGUUCCCUGGUGACAGUCCCCUUAACCUUAGUCCUCUCCAGUACAGUAAUGCCUUUGAUAUGUUUGCAGCCUAUGGAGGUCUAAAUGAGAAGUCUUUUGUGGAUGGCUUGAAUUUCAGCUUAAAUAGCAUGCAGUACUCUAACCAGCAAUUCCAGCCUGUUAUGGCUAACUAAAAAAAAAUGAAAUAAAAUAAAAUUUGCAAAUCAUAUUGUACAAGUUGAAAUGCACGUACCCAAGGGUGUAUCUUUUUCGCUCUUGAGUUUUUAAAAAAGCUUGUAGUAUGAAUACGUUCAAGCUUGGUUAGAUAAGGACAACAUGCAUCUUUUUUUUUCAUUUGCCAACCAAGCACAAAGUUAUUUUUUACUGACUGUACAUUAAAUAUACUCAAGAUAUGGCCUCUUACAGUAUUUAAGAUAUAGCAAGGACAUGGCUGAUUUUUUUAUAUAUAAAAAAUUGGCACUAAUAAGUGGGUUUCUUGGUCUUUUCUAAUUGUAUAAUUUAAUUUAGUACGAAGUUUGUAAAAUAUCAGAGUAUAUAUUGUUUCUACAACAUGGUAUUGCAUUUUUAUCUUUUUACUACAGUGAUCUGUGACAACUGCAGCAGUUUCAUGUUGUAUUUUUUUUACUGAAAUUAUAAAAUCCAUCUUAAAAAACAUCAGUUCUAAAAAGUGUACAAAAUAUUCCUUAAGCAGUGGAAUUCAAAUUGUAUGGAAUACUUUUCCAAGAAAGAAACACAAAUUGUAUUUUCUGUUAAAAAGUUUAAAGAUUUUUUGCUAUAUAUUAUGAAAGAAAAUGUAAUCGUAAAUAUUAAUUUUGUACCUACAUUGUGCAAUACUUGAAAAAGGUAUAAAAGUAUUUUGAGUCAGUGUCUUAUGUUAAAGAGAGGGACUGAAAUAGUUUAUAUUAAGUUUGUAUUAAAAUUCUUUAAAAUUCACCAGUUUUUGUGGUCUUGUUUUAAUGGGUAAACAACAGUAGUGGAGAGAGUGAGUGGACUAAUCAGUCAUGUAAAGUAGUAUGCUGCCUUGAUGCAUUAUGAUGAUCUGGUAUGCUGCUUACAAAAUUUCCAAAGCCGAGUCAGUAUUCAAACAUUUGCUAGGUAGGUCCUGGUUGGUAGAGAAUUAUGCACAGGGCAAGGGCAUGGAAUUCCAUGCAGGUGCUUGAGUGGGCUGGUGGAGAAGGCAGGACUUGUUCUGCUUCUCCUCUGUGCCUAGAAUAGAAAGCAAAUGAGGAGGAGGGAAGCCUCUGUUCUUCAUCCAGCAGUGGGUUGUUGUAAGAAAAAUUGAAUUCUUCAUCUUCCUGUGCCAUCUCAUGGCACCCUAGUAAUCUCUUAUGCAAGCUGGAAAAUGUUCUGGGCUUUUUAAUCAGAUUGGAAAACCAUGACGGUUUAUUAUAUUUGUUUUGCUUGAACAAGCUUCAUCAUUCGUUCCUCCACUGACAUUUUGUCUGCCUGAUCAGUUCAUGUUGACUAUUAUACUGCAAAUAUGAGCUAAAAAUUAUUUUGUACUGAGUGACUGUUGAGUUGUAUAUGGCUUCUAGUAAGAACUAGGUUAAAGUGGCCAGAAACAUACGUACUGUCAUUUUACUCUGGAGUAUGUAAAUGGUGUAAGUCAUGGUGGCAAAUUGCAGUUAAUUACCAUUGUACUGUUUGCGUGUUUGGGUGUGUGCCCAGAAUGUGACCAGCACUGGUUAAUUAGCUGCAGGUUGCCGCCAUUAAAUUACACCGGUAAUAGAAAUAGCCUUUAUUGUGACUUGUUCAAUUUUUUGGAUAAUGUAGGUGCUGUUUUUAUAAGCUAGAAACUUGAGUAGUUGUUAGAUACAGAUUUCUCUUUCCUUAUUUCCUUAAAAAUAAAACAGACCCCAGCCAU